AUGCCAGCCGCGAAGAGAGACGUUCGUGGCACCGUCUGGUUUGGGGGAAUGCGGCCGCUUGUGGUCUCUACGCAACAUGAACCUCCGAGCAAUGCAUCGCAUCGCGUCCCAAGCGACCAGACGUCCAUUCGUACCACUUCUGGGCUGGACUGUCCACCGCCACAGCAGUUGACUCCCAAUCCGGCUCCCCGUGAAAUCCUAGCACGAAACCUGUGGGAAAUGUACGAACCUUGUGCAGGCAUCGACUAUGGGCGAAUCAUGGUGCUGGCUAGGCAUCGAAAGAACAAGGCCAACUUGGUCCACAUCCAAAUGCAGGCUGUGGAGCGAUCGGCGAUAGAGAUGUGUAUCCAGAUAAUCAAUCGGCUCGCUCAUGGCAGCAUCCCACGCCUUCUAGAUGUGUUCCAGUAUACAGAACGAUAUCUUCUUGUGUGGGAGCCAUUUGAGUGCACUCUCCAGCAGGCUUUAGUAUUGAGUUGCCACAUCACCGAAAGUGAAGUAGCCCAGAUCUUAUGGCCCGUUUUAAAGUGCCUUCAGUUCUUAUGCGGCCAGUCGAGGGAGCUAGCCAGCCUCACUCAUCGAUAUAUCUUGUUCACCGAAGAGGGUGAAAUAAAGAUCGAUAUAGCGGGUAUUGAGAACAGUCGCCAAGUCGGCCCUUCCCGUGUCGACAGAAUGGCUUCUACGUUCAAUGCUCUCCGGUCAAUUCUCGAUAAGAUCAUGCAGACAAAUGGCUCCACAUUCAGCUGGAGCCAGGAGAUGCGAAGCUUUAAAUCGGCGCUGGCCAAGAGCAACUCCGCGCGGUGUCUGGAUAAUCUAUUGCCUGCUUUCCUCGCUCUCCAUACCGCGGACCAGGUUGGAGAAAGGUGCCACAUAAAUUUUGUUGCGGUACGCAACCAUCGAAUCGCCUCCCCCGGCUUGACUCCCCUUGGUCAAUUUGUGGGCAAGUCAUCUACAUUGUGUUGA